AUGUCUGCAUCCGACUCGUCGCGUUCGCAGAAAAUGGACAGUCGCUUCAGCACUCCAGCCCCAGAGUUGGACGACCAUCGACCAAAUCUGGGAGUGCAUCCGGCUCGUGAGGCAUCUCUUGUUGUCGACGUCGACACACCUGCGCCUCAGCCGAGCACUACCGAAGAGAAUGACUUCUCGAAGGUCGACCAAGCCCUUCUGAAAGCGCUUGAUCAACAGACCAACCCAAUCGCACGGGACUUUGAGCAAGCAAUAGUCGACGAUGAUCAGAGCGACGGAGAAGAUGUCAUGCACGGGAGUGUCCGAAGGCCUUCUAUGCAUGGUAGAAGGUUCACCAACCGGGACGCGCGGUUGCGCAUGCCGCGCCAUGAUCGUUCGCGAGACUCCUCCUCCUCUCGAUCAACUUCACCAGCGAACUCUAUCGAGGCCUUCGCAGAGCCUCGCCGCCGAGCUCGGGCAAAUACUGCCGGGAGUCACUCCUCUUCGGUUUUGGAGAAUAUUCGCAAUCGCACCCAGUCAGGCGGGACCAACCAAAGACGCCCGACUCUGAGUACCAUCAGCAAUCCGCCGGAACUCAACUUGCGAACAGGAUUUGAGGCAAAUGAUGAUAUCACAUUCCCCACGGACGAGGAGCCAGGAAAGACCUACAAGAUUGAUUUCGAGGAGUUGGAAGAGUUCGUUGCCUUGAGUGCCCAGGGAAAGAUCCCCAAUGACCUAGCAGGCUAUGCAUCGAACGAUAGCCGAACCUUCGGAGAUCUGAGACACCCUGGAAAUCAAACCGGAGCUCUCAAUGUGAUACUCAAUGGCGACAACUUCUAUGAAAAGCCUUUGGUCCACUGCGAUACGAUCGACAGCCAGUCUCCCUCGAACGGAGACGGACCGGCGCUACAAGAAAAGCAUCACCCCGCCAGUACCGACGAACGAUUCUUGUUGUUCACGUCAGAGUUGGCGCAGGGGAAGAGUGCAACCAAGCUAGGCGACUUUGUCUCGGAUGGCACCACAUUCCGAGAUUUGUUUGACGUCGGCCCUGAUGGUGGUGCGUGGUGGCUAGACUGCGUCAACCCGACCAGAGCAGAGCUGGAGGUUCUCUGCAAAGCGUUCAAGAUUCAUCGCCUCACCCGAGAAGAUAUUGAAACCCAAGAAGCCCGUGAGAAGGUUGAACUCUUCUCACAGUACUACUUUGUCUGUUUUCGAUCCUUUGUUAUGGACAGGUCGAGUGAAGAUUUUCUGGACCCGAUCCAUAUCUACAUCGUUGUCACCGGUGAUGGCGUUUUGAGCUUCAGCUAUACCAAGAACCCACAUGCGCGCAAUGUCCUCCGUCGAAUCUCCAAGCUCGGUGACUUUGUGUCGCUUGGACCGGACUACAUCUGUUAUGCGAUGAUCGAUGACAUUGUCGACUCGUUUGCCCCCAUCAUCCGCGACGCGGAGCACGAAUCCGAGGGCAUCGAAGAUCAGGUGUUCAUCGCGCGAGAAGACGACUUCCUGGCGCUCCUCCGCCAGAUUGGCGAAUGCCGCAAGCGCGUGCUUAACAUGAUGCGGCUUCUGGGCGGCAAGGCGGAUGUCAUCAAGGGCUUUGCGAAGCGCUGUAACGACCAGUACCAGGUGGCCCCCCGCGGCGACAUUGGACUAUACCUGGGCGAUAUUCAGGACCACGUGGUGACCAUGAUGUCGAACUUGACCCACGUUGAGAAGAUGCUCAGCCGAUCGCAUGCCAACUACCUCGCGCAGCUGAACGUCGACAACAUCCUGAAGGGCAAUCACACCAACAAGGCCCUUGCCAAGAUCACCGUCGUCGCCACCAUUCUGGUGCCCCUGAAUCUCAUCACCGGCCUGUUCGGCAUGAACGUUCACGUACCCGGUCAAGACACGGACGGCCUGUACUGGUUCUUUGGCAUCGUCGGUGUCAUCUGCCUUUUCGUCGCCACCAUGCUGACCAUCGCGAGGAAGUUGAGGGCUAUCUAA